AUGAAAGUUUUUAAUACAAAGCUUCAAACGGUAGUGAGAGAACAACUGACUGCGGAAGGACACCCAUUACCUUCAGAAGUUAGCAUAGCAUAUAAUUUUGAAACAAACUCAAUAGAUUUUAAAGUCGUCUCUGCAAAGAAGUCAGGUUUUACAUUUAAUGAAGCAGAUGUAUAUUCGAAUGAAAACUUCAAAGCUAUUGCAUGGUUAGAUAAUGACGAUUGCUUUAAGAAAAUAUUUAAAUUCAGUGACUCAAAGAUGUCAAUAGAUGACCUUCGUGGAAUGUUACCAUCGACGUUUACAGUUGAAGGUUCAGCAGGAUUGCUUACAAGAUUGUCAAUUGGUGGUAUUUGGUCUCGUGAGAACAUUGUUAUAAAAUCCAGUAUAAGUGAAUUUGCUGAAGAAUCUAUAUUAUGUCUUUCAAACUAUAUGUAUUCGCCGCCGAAGCAUUAUAGUAAUAAAAAACUUUGUCCAUAA